CUACCCUAGGGGGAAGGCAACCCUGGGCUUGGAAUGCCUCAGGAGGACUUCAGCUUUUUAAAUUUAAAUGAACCUGGAAGACCAGGGCCUGGUUUCCCAAAAGCAUCUUGAUAAGGCUAAGUUAAUAGUUAUAACAUGUUUUAUAUAUAUAUAUAUAGUUCUAACAAUGAAGUUAGUCUUAAAAUGCCUUAGGAAAAGCGGGCACAGGUGUGUUGAAUUUAGGCAAUCACUAAACUGUUCAAUUAGUUCAGUGGGUCAGGUACCGUGCUUACUUGGAUGUGGCCCUCCAGGAAUACGGUUGCCUGCAUCAUUUGAUUGCUUUUCCCCCUGUCUGAUUUCCUACCGUAACACUUGAUUGCUGACUGUGUAGGUGACCUUAAAAUAUAUAUAUAUAUUUGUUUUUAUUUUUUGUCGGAGAUGUGGACUUUGUGUCUUCUCUGCGUCUGUUUACCAUGGUCGUCGUGCCGUGCGGCAGAAACAGCUGCUAACGUUGCGGCUGAAGGCAGAGCGGCGCUACAGAGGGUUCGGAACCUUGCUGCCCAACCGCGCUAUGGUGACUGUUGGUCUAACGCGCUGGAGAACAUCGACGCGCGGUGCAGAGACUUCACAGUUGAUAUACAGAGUAGGAUUGCCCUACUUUUCACCCACUGUCACCUGCGCAAAUCUGGCCGUCCAUUCCCAGCAUGUCCAGAGGGCAGCGAGGUCAGUAGCUGUACUAGAACCAUGGACACUGUGGCCUUCAACGCCUACACGGAAUUCUUCACCCACGCCCACAGCAUCUGUCGACACCUGCAGAGCGAGAGCUGGCAACACCAGGCUGAGAACACCAUCCACAGGCUAACAGAGAGCUCAGCGGGGGUGGUGGAGCAAUUGUCCUCUACCCAGCGUAUGGCUGAGAGCCUAGUGGAGGCCCAGAGCGUCGCCCUCAAGUCACAGGAGACGAUCCUACGCAACGGAGAGGAACUCAAACACACUCUCCACCAUUCUACCCAAGGCAUCAGAGCAGUAUUUGAUGAGAUGAGACUGUCAGCCCAGGAGCAGCAGGUAGCAUUCUCCGAGAUCUUCAACCGUGUCGCUUUCCUCCAGAGUUUCAUCAUGUCAGAGUCUCACACCCUCACCAGUCUACUCUACAACUCACUGGGGUUCCUCGCUGCCUUCUUCCUCACCUCUACACAGCGGACUGCUCCAGCCAGGUUUGUUCUGUUUGGUCUGGUAGUGCUGAACGUGUGCCUGGAGAGGAUGCUCUGUAGAGCUGUGCUGGACUCCUCUGAGCCAGGCUACCAGCAGAUGGAGCAAAUCAGCCUGUUGGUGGGCCUCCUCAGAAGGGCCAUGGUCCUAGUGGGUCUAUUGGCUCUGGUCUACGUUGCUGUACGAUAUCGUAACGUCACCAAAGAGAGCCUGGAGAUCCUCACCCAACUCAAAGAGACUCGUACAAGUCUUCAGCUGGCCCUGCAGAAAGCAGAGUGUCUCUCUGAGGCGGUGGACAGGAGGAGCAGUGGAGCAAGAGGUCGAAGGUCAGAACAACGACCCAGUAGAAGGAAGGAGAACGAGGAAGAAAAGGACACCACUUCAGAUUUCACAUCGGAGAAACCCUACAUGACUCACACCUGUGAUGGUUGGCAGUAUGACGGCAGUUACAGCACCCCCGGAGGAGAGGAGACCUCCUCCACCCAGAACCAGCGUACCUUACCCAGCCCUGCAAGACCUCAGCGUCGCUCCUCUGUCUCUAGACGUGCCCCGUCCUCCCCUUUGGUCUACAGUAUACUGGUGGAGGAUAAGCAGACACGCUACAAUCUGAGGAACCGGAGGUCUUCAGUGUCAGGGCUGGGGACAGAGAGAGGGACUGACACGGGGCUGGGGACAGACAGAGAGAGGGACUGACACGGGGCUGGGGACAGACAGAGAGAGGGACUGACACGGGGCUGGGGACAGACAGAGAGAGGGACUGACACAGACCAACAGAUGGACUGAUCGGAGAUCAGUGCACCCAAACGUGCUUCAGCCUUGGCUAAAGGAAUACUUUUAUGGACUGAGAUGAUUCAUGCUUCAACCUGUCUGGUUCAGUGAAGCAGCUGAUCCCAAGAUACAUCCGUUUAAAUAUUGGCCAUUUUCAUGAUCAUGAAUAUCACUGGUUUUCAGGAAUGUAGUAAUGCAAAACUGUCUCAAUCUUGUGUAUUUUAAGUAAA